AUGGUCGAUCUCAUAUUCAAUAGCACAGUCACCUUUAUUUGUGCUUUCAUCCUUGAUGCCGAAUACAAGGCAACAACUGGUCGUGAAGUUGCACCCAAGCAAGUCCAUUUGACGACUGAACAACAAAAUCUCUUGGCAACUGCAUUGGAAAAUACACAAGAGCUUUUCGAUGGCAACCUUGGACACUACAAACAAGAGAAGAUCCAUUUGGAAGUGGAAGACGGUGCCGUUCCUGUCCAUUCCAAAGCGUACUCUGUUCCUGUAAAGCAUCAAGAUGCUUUUCUCAAGGAACUUCGCCAUUUGGAAGCCAUCAAUGUACUCAAACGAUGCGGUCCAACAGAAUGGGCUUCGCCUACAUUCAUCAUUCCUAAAAAGGAUGGUCAAGUACGAUGGAUUAGCGAUCUUCGCGAGUUGAACAAGGUUCUCAAACGUAAAGUAUAUCCAUUGCCAUUGAUUGAUGAAGUUGUCUCUCGUCGUGCUGGUUACAAAUUCUUUACAAAACUCGAUCUCACAAUGAUGUAUUAUUCUUUUGAGCUUGACAAUGAAAGUAAAGAAUUGUGCGUACCUUCAGUCACGAGGGAGCCAACGCUCUCCGACCUUGUGGGUCUCUCGCCUGUCGCAUCAGCUGAUCUUGCUUGGAUUUCACAUGUGGGAACACCGGAACUCGGUGCAACAUUUGGAGGACAACGUACAGCUACGCGAACGUAG